AGAACCCCCCGGAUGGUCGAUCACUGCAAGAGCACACUGCGGAUCUACGGAGAAGGGAGCCGAACAAUCCUUACUACCCGCAAUCUUCAUGGGCUCCAGACGCCAUGGACGUUGACAAACCGUCUAUGCCAAGGAUCGACGUUCCUGGGAGGUCCAGCAUGGGAGGCAUGUACUCUGAUCGCAUGCCUAUAACAAUCCAUCCUACCCCUGCUCCGGAACCCGCGCCUCGUGCCCCAAGGGCGAUGGUUCCAAGGGACAGCAAUGCUUACCAGUCAGGUCUCCCAACGCUCUCGCCGACGUCGCCCUAUAGCCCGCGUUCGGUCGGUCCCCCAGUCGUCGAACCCCCGGGUCCGUUGUCACUGCCCAUACGUAUGCGUCCUGGGCUGCCGCCGCCAAUGAGCGAGCGCCACUGGGAGCCCAACGGCUCGCGGCUACGGGACAGUUUCUCUGGUCCCGGUCCUAGUCCUGUCGACCCUCCGCCUGUCGGCCUGCCGUCGAGGCUCAUCAAUGACAUGGGGAGGAAUCUUCCCGAGCGACCUGUCUCGCGUAUGCCUGUGUCCCAGCAUGAAGCUGGACGAGGCCCUCCGCCGCCUCGUAGCACCGGAACCAAUAGCAUCCCUAUCGGGCCUCGAACUUCUGUGCCCGAGGGCACUGCCCUGCAUCCCGAUCCCCCUACGUCGUUCCGUCCGCCGAACAACGGGUACGACUCGUACCGCCCGUCGCAGAACGCGGAUCGUCAGAGCGUGGAUCGUGCAAGUGAGCCGUCUCCAGCCUACACAAAACGGGUACGCCAGCUGUCCGUGUUGGGACGUAGACUGAUGCUGACAGGCAUGUAGCCGAUGCGACACCCUCACGAUGAGCCGACCUCCGAUCGAUCUCGCUCCGACCGAGCUGGUCGACGUCCGUCAGUUAUUCCCAAUGAGUCUAUGCGCCGUCCUGUCAAUGACAGCCCUGUUAACGAACGUGGUCCCAGUCGUCAGUCGAGAUUCGGUCCUCCGAGCACUCCGGUAGAGCCGGGCGCUCCCCGCAUCUGGCAAACAAGAGACGAGGCACUUCAAAUGCCACGUUCGAAUGAAGAUAGCAUACUGCGGGAACCUAGAGACAUCGCGGAUCGCCUAAUGCGCGACGAUCGUUCUGCAUGGCGUUCUUUUGGUCCAUCCCGCGACGGUCUACCCCGGAAACGUGUGGACCAUCUCGAGGAGCAAUCAGGACGGUCAUUCGCUCCGCCUCAGCCUUCGUCCCACCCGCUCCCUGACGUCCCACCUCGGCAAGACAGAGCUGCUACCCCUCCUCUCGCCACAGACCGUCGUGAUCAGGAGUCUGUGCUUGUAGACAUCCCGGCUGUUGGGAAGGUACAUCCAGAUCGUGCCCGUCUCCUUGACGGUCCUGAGAAGGAGAAGACUUCCAAGCCAGUCCGCAUCCGUCGCCCAGCCAAGUCUCCGGACCGCGGCUUCCAAGACAGGCCCCCAUCGGUCGAGGACGGCCGUUAUGGCAACCUUCCUGCCAAACCCAACGACGGACGUUUGGGCAUGAAUAUGCUUCCACCGCGAGAUAGGUCCUCGCCACCUGCGGUCGCACAGAACGGCUACCGCCCUGCCAUCAAGCGUGGGACGUCCUUACUCGAGCGGCUCAACGACCCUCCGCCGCAUGAUGUGGCGAGCUUGCGCGAAAGGGUCGACAUUAGCGCUGCCGACGGUGGCGGUCCGAGCAUCCAACAUCAGACCAUGGACUUUGAUGGUGAUGGCGCAAGGGGCGGGGGCGACGAUGCAAGGGGUCGCGGGCCUGGUGGAUCUGGAGGUGGCCCGGGACGUCGGCGGCCUAUGAAGGCGCGGAGGGGCGGACGGAGGAAUGGUCCAUGAUACUUCUGGCCGUUGACGAAGACUAGGAAGCGGUGAAGUAGGAACUAAUUGGGAAGGGGAAGUCUGCAGAGGAUUGGCUUCUCCAUUGGACUCUCGCGGCAUGUUUAUGUGGUCUUUUCGUGCAUUCACCAGUCAGUACAUCGCAGUUCGUUGUCUCGCCUGUUGUUAGUUGCAAAUAUCCGUUGAACCUGUCGUGAAUCACGUGCUGUAGGUAUAUUUUCGUAGACAGACCGCUUUGGUGAGUCCAUGUCGAUAAUAUGUCGUUCCCUGAAAUUGACG